AUGGCUGGUCUUAUACAGUGGUUGCUGGAUUGGUUAAGAAGCUUGUUUUUCAAGACUGAGAUGGAGUUGACCUUGGUUGGUCUUCAGAACAGUGGUAAAACCACUCUUGUUAAUGUCAUCGCUUCAGGGCAAUUCAUAGAAGAUGCUAUUCCAACUGUUGGUUUUAAUAUGCGAAAGGUUACAAAGGGUAAUGUUACCAUGAAAUUAUGGGAUAUUGGAGGUCAACCACGUUUCAGAAGCAUGUGGGAACGGUACUGCCGAGGAGUAAAUGCUAUAGUUUUUGUUGUGGAUGCUGCAGAUCGUGACAAAUUAGAAGCAGCAAACACAGAACUGAAAAACCUUUUGGAAAAACCUCAACUUGUGAAUAUCCCAGUGCUUGUUCUUGGCAAUAAGAACGAUUUACCCGAAGCGCUGACUGCUGAACAACUUAUUGAAGCAUUACACCUUAAAUCAAUUACGAAUCGGGAAGUAUCAUGCUAUUCAAUUUCAGCAAAGAAUCAAGUGAAUAUUGAUAUCACUUUACAAUGGCUCAUCAAGAAAGGAAAAGGUCAGAAAUAG